AGAAGGGGGACAGGAGGCCGUCCCAAGCGGCUAUAAAGGGCCCUGGGCCUCCACAGUUCGCCUCGGCUCGCCCGGGCGUCCUCUGGCUCCGCUUUCGCCACUUUCCUCCCGGCUAAAGCUCCCGCGGCCGCUCCAGCUCCACUCGACCCUCUCGGGCCUCGGCUACUCGGGCUGCGGCGGAAGAUGGCGGCUCCGGCAGGUCCCCCGGCUCGGGCGGCUGAGGCCGAAGGCUCUGAGGAGGCGCUAGCCGCCGCUCUGGCGGACGUGCCCGAACUAGCCCGCCUUCUAGAGACAGACCCGUACCUGAAGCCCUACGCUCCGGACUUCCAGCGCAGGUAUAAGCGGUUUUGCAAGACUUUGAACGACAUUGGAGAGAAUGAAGGUGGUAUUGAUAGGUUUUCCAGAGGUUAUGAAUCAUUUGGCGUCCACAGAUGCGCUGAUGGUGGUUUAUACUGCAAAGAAUGGGUCCCAGGAGCUGAAGGAGUUUUUCUUACUGGAGACUUCAAUGAUUGGAACCCAUUUUCAUACCCAUAUAAAAGACUGGAUUUUGGAAAAUGGGAGCUGUAUAUCCCACCAAAGCAGGCUAGAUCUGUCUUAGUACCUCAUGGAUCCAAACUAAAGCUUGUUAUCAGGAGUAAAAGUGGAGAAAUCUUAUACCGUAUUUCACCGUGGGCAAAGUAUGUGACUCGUGAAGGCAGUAAUGUGAACUAUGAUUGGAUACACUGGGAUCCAGAAUACUCGUAUAAAUUUAAACAUUCCAAACCAAAGAAGCCAAAAGGUCUACGAAUUUAUGAAUCUCACGUGGGAAUUUCUUCCUAUGAAGGAAAAAUAGCUUCUUAUAAACAUUUUACAUGCAAUGUACUACCAAGAAUCAAAGACCUUGGAUAUAAUUGCAUUCAGUUGAUGGCAAUCAUGGAACAUGCUUACUAUGCCAGUUUUGGUUACCAAAUCACAAGCUUUUUUGCCGCUUCAAGCCGUUAUGGAACUCCUGAAGAGCUGAAAGAACUGGUUGAUACAGCUCAUUCCAUGGGUAUUACAGUCCUCUUAGAUGUGGUACACAGCCAUGCCUCAAAAAAUUCAGAAGAUGGACUAAAUAACUUUGAUGGGACUGAGUCCUGUUACUUUCAUUAUGGACCUAGAGGGACUCAUGUUCUAUGGGAUAGUCGGUUAUUUGCCUACGCCAGCUGGGAAGUUUUAAGAUUUCUUCUGUCAAACAUAAGGUGGUGGUUGGAAGAGUAUGGCUUUGAUGGAUUUCGUUUUGACGGGGUUACAUCAAUGCUCUAUCAUCACCAUGGAAUAGGUGAGACUUUUUCAGGUGAUUACCAUGAGUAUUUUGGACUACAAGUAGAUGAAGAUGCUUUGACUUACAUCAUGUUGGCAAAUCAUUUGGUUCACACACUGUAUCCAGAUUCUAUAACAAUAGCUGAGGAUGUAUCAGGAAUGCCAGCUCUGUGUUCUCCGAUUUCCCAGGGAGGGGGUGGUUUUGACUAUCGAUUGGCCAUGGCAAUUCCAGAUAAAUGGAUCCAGUUACUGAAAGAAUAUAAAGAUGAAGAUUGGAACAUGGGCAAUAUAGUGUAUACACUCACAAACCGGCGCUACCUUGAAAAGUGCAUUGCCUAUGCAGAGAGCCAUGAUCAGGCUCUCGUUGGGGAUAAGACAUUGGCGUUUUGGUUGAUGGAUGCUGAAAUGUAUACCAACAUGAGUGUUCUGACCCCAUUUACUCCCGUUAUCGAUCGUGGAAUACAGCUUCAUAAGAUGAUUCGACUCAUUACUCACGCACUCGGUGGAGAGGGGUAUCUCAAUUUCAUGGGUAAUGAAUUUGGGCAUCCUGAAUGGUUAGACUUCCCAAGAAAAGGAAAUAAUGAGAGCUACCAUUAUGCACGAAGGCAGUUUCAUUUAACUGAUGAUGACCUUCUUCGCUAUAAGUUCCUAAACAACUUUGACAGGGAUAUGAAUAAAUUGGAAGAAAGAUGUGGUUGGCUUUCGGCUCCACAGGCCCAUGUGAGUGAAAAGCAUGAAGACAAUAAGGUCAUUGCUUUUGAGAGAGCUAGUCUUCUUUUUGUCUUCAACUUUCAUCCUAAGAAGAGCUAUACUGAUUACCGAGUUGGAACAACAUUGCCAGGAAAGUACAAAAUUGUGCUCGAUUCAGAUGCAGCAGAAUACGGAGGACACAAGAGACUGGACCACAAUACCGAAUUCUUCUCUGAACCUUUUGAACAUAAUAACUGUCCCUGUUCUCUUUUGGUGUACAUUCCAAACCGAGUGGCCCUCAUCCUUCGCAAUGUGGACCUGCCCAACUGAGGAGAUCUGAUUUCAGCUCCCGCAGCGGAAGACCUGUGCUUUGCUUGCCCACGCUCCCUGUCCCAGAACUUGUAAUGUGUAAGCUUUUCAAAAUAUAUUUGUCUAGCCGGAAUGUCCGAUGUCUGAAAUUCUGUAUUGGUUUAUGAAAAUGAAUGUCAAACUUUAAAGAGUGGAAGGGGACAUAUUUUUGAAAUUUUAGAGAUCCUAGACUACAUUGUCCAGCCAUCUGAACAGCUAGAAUCCUUGAAGUGUUGUAUAUUACGUCUUUAAAGGAUUUUGCCUUACAGGCCAAUUAUUUAAUCCUUUUAAGUUCAAAUUUGAAUCAUGUGUCCAUGUUUGAUUAUUUCUGUUGAAUGUAUACAGUAUUUUUUUUAAGGCAAAUAUUUGGUGACUUUAUUUGUUCUGGUAUCUCUUGGUCUAAAUUACAAGACACUAGAGAUUGUUACUUCCCUUUUUCAAUGUGUGUUUAGAAAUACUGUAAUAAAUAUAUAGUAAUAAUAUAAAACAAAGUAUUGUGUCAAAUAUAAAAGUUGUUGCCUAUGAACCCAUCCAUGCCUUAUUUUGCAUAAGUUUUAUCUUGUGGUCUCUAUUUCAUUUAGUAUCUUGGUAGAUGCUAGUAUCUUCAUUUCUGAAGGCUUGACCUGGUAAUUGUAACAUUUCAGAAAAUAUCUUUUGCUUUCAUCCAAUAAAAAAAUAUUGCACAGUUGUCUCUGCUGUUUAUUUUACUGUGAUGUUAUGGAAUUUUUCUAGAGUGAAAUUUAAAUGCCUAUUUCAGCUCUGAGACCUUCCCCACACUUAUGCACAUAUGCAUGAUGGACUAGGUGUGGGAGUUAAUACUAUUUUUUUUUCUUUAGGUACUAUUUUGUAACUUGAAAUUAUACCAACCAACUCAGAUAUCUAAGCUCCUCUCCAACUCUAAACCUGAACACUUUUAGAAGCUGAGUUAACUGCUUCGACAGUUAAUCGUGAGAUACUCCAUCAUGAAAUUGCCCCUUGGUUUAAUAAAUAGCAGGUCACAGAUGUGUAAUCACUGAUAUGUAAUCCAUUUGUAAUUGAGAAAUUAUGAUGUACUUAUGAGACAUAAAGUCACCUUUUUAAAGAUUUAAUAUUUUCCUUUACAUUCAUACUGACUGCUUCUUUGUUUUUAGCCUGAUUAUUAUGACUAAUAAGGAGUACAUGAAAGUCUUUCUCUUAAAAACUGGUUUAGUAGUGGAAGAGAUUAGCAAAAAAGACUUCCUUUUAUAGCUAAACCUGUGUCUUAACCAUCUUCUUUAUCAUUUGAAUAAAACCUUAAAUCUAGGUCUGACAUGUGUAAUUUGCUUUAAUUUCAAAGUAGAGUAAUAGUUUGAUUUCCUGACAGCGAAGCCAGCUGAUGGUGAUACACCCUAGGAAACAACUGAAAGAAAGCCUUCUGUAAUGCUUUUCCUCUUUCAGAUAUGUUAUUAACAUCUUAGCACUGCCAUGAUCUUGUACCAUACCUGUUAUUGAUAAUAACAUAAUGUACAACCCUGAUGUUUUGUGUUCUAGCUUAUAAUUUCUUACCUUCCUUUACAUUUCUUUUGUAUAAAGAGAGAUGCUAAUUUUCUAUCAGGGCUCUUUAAAGAAUGAUAAGGAAUUACUUCACACCUAGAACUUGGUUUUUUUUCCCCCCUUCGACCUCUGUGGAAAAUCGUAAAGACUAGUGCAGUUCUAUGCUAUAUUUUCAUUAUGUUGAUUGACCUUACUAAUAUGGUCUUUAGAGUUCACAGUGUAAAGAGUGUAAAGUUCAAAUUUAUACCUGAUAUAAUGUAAGUUAAUUGCCUUUGUCAAGUUUUUCCCCACAAGAAUGAUGAUAAAUAGAUGUUGCUAGGUGUGAAAUAUAAAAAUAUAUACAAAUAAACAAAAUAUUGAGUCCAAAA